CAACAAGGAACAAGUAUCAAUAUCAGAACGAUUUUGCAGAGCUGUUGUCACACAAAGCUAGUUACUAAUCAUGCAGAAAGAGACAAGUGAUAUGAAAAUUCUCUAUGAAAAGAACGGCUACCUUACUGGAAUCAACAUCCUGGACAAAAAUGAACUUAUGCUGACCAUUCAGAACUUCUCAACCUUAGAAGAUAAAUUUGGUAAGGUAUACACCCAGUACAGCUUACAUAAUGCACAUUUAGAGUACAAGUGGGUGAUGGACUUAGCUACACAUCCUCAAGUCCUCAAAGCCAUCACUGCAGUUUUGGGACCUGAUGUCAUUCUGCUUGAUUCUCGGUUUAUCUGCAAGUAUCCAGCCUCUGAUGUCCCUCAUGAAAGCAAUGUGGCUCCUUAUGUUGCAUGGCACCAGGACAUCAGAUACUGGGGCUUUGAAGGCGGACCUGUAACCUCUGUGUGGUUGGCUUUGGAUGAUGUUGACAAAGAAAAUGGUGUCCUGCAGGUUAUUCCAGGAAGCCACAAGCUCGGGCUACUGGAACAUGGAACAAGUACUAUUCCUGGGAAUAUGUUGACAUCAAAUCAGGAGAUUCCCAUACACUUGGUUGAAACCGAGAAGGCUAUUCAAUGUCCUCUUAAAGCAGGACAAAUGUCUGUCCAUGAUGGUCUGACAGUCCAUUUCAGUGAACCAAACCUUUCAAAUCGGCGAAGAUGCGGUUUUGUGAUCCGUUAUGUCCCCACUACUGCCUAUCCUGUUGAUGAUCCAGACAGACCCCGUUCUUUCCCUGCAACAGUACUGGUAGUGGGAGAAGACAAGUUUAACCACUUUCAAAACAAAGCACCAGAUACCUUUACUAAAACAUUCUGAAAGAGUUGUAGCUAUUUGAAGUCGUUGAUAUAGAAAUCUAUUACCUAAACAUACAAACAAUUCAUAUGUACAUACUGUACAACUGGUAUAUUUUACUGGGCUAAAUAAUUGUAAAUAUUCUUAUUUUGUGAUAUAAACUGACUGAUUCAUAUAUACUUCAAUAUAAUUUAUUUUAGGCUUGGGUUUUGGAUUUUCGAUCAGCAGCAUAUGGGGUUUCUGUGUGUCUGAAUUUAAUAGUUAAAUUGUGAGCAUUUCUCGAACCAUGUUGAUUCAUUUUAAAGCCAUUGUGAGAGCUCCUUUGGCUUUGGCUUACAUAUGCAUGUUUUGCACCUGAACUAAUUGUGCUUUAAGUUCCGUCAGAGGUUUGCAGAUUAAGAGAAUUUACAUUUAUAGAGAGAAACUUUUCUUUCAGUUUUAUGUUGCUUAGUGCAUUUCUGUGAAAUCCUUUGAAUUUGAUUGAGAAUGGGAGAAUAUAGUGAAAAUGGAUCAGGAGUUAGUCAAUGAGGAGUGCAAAUGUUUUGGAUAAAACACAGUUACCUAAAACCUGUCAAAGUAUAAGGAAAACAUUUUCUCUGACGUGCGUAUUGUAGAUCGGUGCUUCUAGUGUUGUACAUAAUUCUCGUUUAGAUCUUGUAAUGGAGUGUUUUUGAUUAAUGUAUUUAUAUUUUCUGUCUGAUUAAACUCUUUGAAUUUGAAUUCA